ACAAUCAGUUUGUUUUGAAAUUUCGCCGCGAUGCGUUCGCUUUCAGAGCGCUCUCUGCACUCUUACAGAAAUAAUUAUUAAACACGAUAAAUACUCUAAAAAAAAAAAUAAUUCAGAAAAUGGAUACGAAAGUUAUUAGUUAAAGAUAUUACGGAACACCUUAAACCGAUUUUAACGACUGAAAUGGGUGAAAGGUACUGCAAAAAGUACUGGUUAAAUAAUGUUGAAUACGCAAGAACAGUUGUCAGGUGCAGUAAAAGUGUGAAAAAAUAAGGAAAAAAGUUUAAAAGGAAACAAUUAAAUGUGCAAAUAACUAAAAUAUAUAUGUGCCGUUGCCAAACGACUGCAAAAUGUGGGUCUUAGGAUAAAGUUUUUACAAAUUCAUUUAAAGCCUAUUCUAAUUUUAAAAUGUGUAUUAAUAAAGAAACAAAUCAAAGAAAGGAAAAGUAAGACAGGCAGCUAAUUAAGUUUAGUACAAAAACAAACCUUCUUUGUAUUGCUCUGUACAACAGACACAUCUGCGAGGAGGAAGCCCCACAGCUUUAGAAUGAAAUGGAGAUGCAAAGCUACUCUGGUCGUGGACCAUCGACAGGCACAUCAGAAACAGCAACAGCAACAGCAGCAGUUGCAUCUGCAUCUGCAUCAGACACAGCAGCAACAUUCACACUGCGACACUUCAAUUGUCGGCUGGAAGAGGCGGAUUGGCCUGGGCCUCGCCAGCCGUUUAUUGACUGCGAAGGCAGCCACACCAACAGCACAUCCUACACCCCCAGCAGCCUGCCCACCAGCAAAAACCUCAUCGAGGGACCCAACAACACAUUCCAGUGUGCACGGCAAGCUAUCGACGAAGCGGAGCACAACGCAUUCUAUAGUUGCGAUGGGGAAAGCCCAUUGUCUGAAAACUGCACUUUGAGGCUGAAGGCGCGACUGUUGCGAUGGCCGUACGAGGCGUAUGAGCACAUUCGACUGGCAAUCAACGGGGCACUCAGUGAUUAUGCUAGUGAUAAACUUAGUGAUAGUUCGAGCUGCGAUGAAGGAGGCAUGGUGUUGCAAUGUAAGCUGGGCCAGGCCCAUGAACUAUUGCUUUGUCAUUUGCAACAACUCGAGAGGGAGCCACUGCGGGAGGUGGGAAGCGCGGAGGAGAGCUUCUCCAACGACAGCCUUCUGCAGGCCUUUCAAAUCGAACUGGGCGCAGAGCGCGAUGGACUCUGGUCCUUCCUUAAUCUAAGCGAGCUAAUGGAGCCCGAUCACGGAUUCCUGGGCAUCAUGAAUGUCACCAACACUAGCUUAGACAUGUUUUUGCCGAACCUUACAGCCCUGAACACGACCUCCACGGCCUCCACUGCAGACAUGGCCACCGAGUUCGCGGUAACAAAGAGCUUUCUGGACUACAGUCCCCACGGCUACGAUUUCCUAUUCCUGUUCGUGGUGUUCUUUAUCUUCGCGGGUGGCCUGGGUAAUAUCCUUGUGUGCCUAGCCGUUGCCUUGGACCGGAAACUGCAGAAUGUGACUAACUACUUCCUGUUUUCCCUGGCUAUAGCCGAUCUCCUGGUCAGUUUGUUUGUGAUGCCCAUGGGCGCGAUACCAGCUUUUUUGGGGUAUUGGCCACUUGGCUUUACCUGGUGCAACAUUUAUGUGACGUGUGACGUACUGGCCUGCUCAUCCAGUAUAUUGCACAUGUGCUUCAUCAGUUUGGGACGCUAUAUGGGAAUAAGAAAUCCAUUGGGCUCGAGGCAUCGAUCUACGAAACGAUUGACUGGUAUAAAGAUAGCCAUUGUUUGGGUAAUGGCCAUGAUGGUAUCCAGUUCAAUAACCGUUCUUGGUCUGGUCAAUGAGAAGAACAUAAUGCCCGAGCCUAACAUAUGCGUUAUCAACAAUCGCGCCUUUUUCGUGUUUGGAUCUCUGGUAGCUUUUUAUAUACCCAUGCUGAUGAUGGUUACCACAUACGCAUUGACGAUUCCCCUCCUCCGGAAGAAAGCGCGAUUUGCCGCCGAGCACCCGGAAAGUGAACUUUUUCGCAGGUUGGGUGGACGCUUCACCCUAAGGCCGCAGCACAGCCAGCAGCAGUUGCAGAUGUUCAGUAGCUUUUCUGGCAGCAAUAACAAAUUCCUAUCAAUGGGCGACGGCAAUCGCAACUUCAACACUGAAGGAGAGAUGGAGGAGGGUGGAGCUCCUAGCAGAAGGAGUGGCGUAGAGCCCGCCGAACGACCUUUGAUGCAACAGCGAACGGCGAGCAGCAGGAGCAUGGGCACGGUUAGUUUCCGUAAUGUCGUGAACGGGACUAGCGGAGCCGCAGGAAGUGGGCGCAGGACGACUGGCACUGCCCACAGCAGCUUCCGGUUCUCUGGCGCCGGCAUCUUUCGGCACUCGUCGUCGUCUCCCGCCUCGAGCUGCCACUCCACCAGCACGUCGCGUUCGAGCUCCUUCUGGCGCAAACACGGCGGCUAUCCAAACCUAAUGGACAGACUGGCCAUACAUUUAAGACUUUCUUUGGUACCACCCAGUAGCCAUCCAAAUCGACGGGCAUCUGUGCGUGUCACCAUCUCCCAGCCACAAUUGGGUUACCCGACCAAUGUAGGUGGAAAUGGAGGUAGAACUGUUGGAGCGACGGAGGUGGGGGCUGGUGGCAAUGGCUCAUCAGCCGGCAGAACGAGCAACUCAUCUCUUGGAGGCACGAGCUUGAUGAAAAUCGCAACCAUCCAGGGACCGAUACUGAACCAAAGUCAGGCAGCUGGAGGCAAUCACAUGGUGCAAAAGGUGAAGCCGACGGCUUUAAAACCGGAAGAACCACAGCGCAACAAAGUGCGGCCCUUUAAAUUUGCCUUCAACCGCGUUGCCACGCCCACCCUCAAUUUGCGUUUUCUAAACAAUCGCAGUAAACGAAACAGCUUGUCGGCCAAUGCCGUUGCUACGGAGCAGAAGGCCACCAAGGUGCUCGGAUUGGUGUUUUUCACCUUCGUUCUGUGCUGGUCGCCUUUCUUCAUCUUGAACAUUAUAUUUGCCGCAUGCCCCGAGUGCCAAGUGCCGGAGCACGUGGUGAAUACCUGCCUUUGGCUUGGCUAUGUCUCCUCGACGAUCAAUCCCAUCAUCUACACCAUAUUCAAUCGCACGUUCCGGGCGGCCUUUAUCCGCCUGCUCAAGUGCAACUGCAAACGGUGAGUAGUAGAGCAGUGAGAAGUCACUGCAGCCCAGACGCGGAUCCAGUGCCACAGUAAGAAAUUGCCUCUCCCAACCGACGAAGGCACCUCGAACUAAAAUUCGUCGCUGCAGGUUACAGUGACACAGGGAUGCAAUUUAUUGCUCUAAGAGUGCAUUCUGCUGGGAAUUAAUGUGCAACGUGACGUAUGAUUGAUUUUUGGGGUUUUGAUUUACCAGAGGAAUCCAGACAAGAGACGAACUCGGGGUGGUUGUGGCAGCGAAUGAAUAAGCAGCGAUAGGAAAUCAAACGCUCUCAAAAUAUAUUAAAGGAAGAAUAAGUUCGAUUGUUUGUAUUUAAUAUGCAGAAUGAAUGGGAAUCUUUGUAAUACGACUUUUAUCUAUUUUAAAGACUUGCUAGAAUCGCCACACAUUGUAAGACAUAAAUUUCGUAAGCAUUAAAAACAAACUGUGUCGAAUGUCAAAUUUAUUUAAAAUGCCUUGUGUUCGAAUUAAAAACGUAUUGAAAAGUAUAGGACAUUUACCAAGACGAGAGCACUUUUCUGUCACUGACUUCUGCCUUAAAACCCAAUCGACUCGAAAUGGCUUAAAAUGGCACAGCCAAUAACGUAGUUAUUGCCAUCCCAUUGCAGUUCCGGCCGCCCGCUGCGCUAUCGGUCUGUGACAGAAGGACGCGGCGCUCUCAGCCUGUGCGCCCCUUCGGCCCUGCCGCUGGCCAUAUCCUUCCAGGGGGCGCCACUUAUGACGCCAUCUACGGCUAAUGCGACGCCGAUGAGCGAGUUCCGCGCCAGCUGCCGCACAGUCACAGACGACGAGUGCUGAACCACGAGGAGCACCAUCCAGCGUCUGGGAUGCAUCAAAUUUAUAUCGACGUAUCGGCAGAAACAAAACGGAGUCCACUGUAAUUAGCGGCUUUUCCUAGAUAACUUCAGGGAGAUCAAUGCUAACCUUUUCAAUCACAAUCAAUUUGAUGAAUUUUGUAGAUGCUAUAGAGAAAAUACCUAACUUAAGUCUCAUCGCAUAUCAUUAGAAACAAAGGAAGGUUCAAAAAUAUAGUGAGAGAGUUUGCGGUACAACGCGGACUGUUUUUCACUUUCUCAUCAACAUUCUAGACUUGGUCAUUGCGUUAUUUCUAAGUCAAACAAAAAAUCAUUAACAAUAAGUACGAUUAGUGCAAAAUAAAAUAAGAAAAAGAAGGU